GCAGGGGCGGGAGAGGGAGCAGCUGGAGGGGCUGGGGAUCUCCCCUUGAUGCUGAGCCUGCUCCAGGCCUCGGCCAACAGCAUUGCAGGGUGGGGUCUUGCAGCGCACGACUUACGUCGUGGGGUUUGUGUUGGAGCGGACGCCAUCUGAAUGCAGCUUUGCUGCGGCGGCGGCGCGGGUUGUUGUUGUAACCGUCGCCCUGGCUGAGCAGCGGCGUCGCCCUGGCAACGGGGCACGCGGGGACUGGCGAUCGCGGACAGCGACUGAUCAGAUGUGACAAUAUGGAGGAGGAACACAAUUUUCAGAAUGAAAAUGAAGAGGAAGAAUCAAAGUUGGAUUCAGAGCAAGAGGUUAAUCAAGGAAUGGACGAGCAGCUUUGUAAACAAUAUGAGGCAAUGAUGGAAAAUGACGAUGAAAUUCAAUCUGAAGAUGACUUCGAAAUUUCUCGGGAGGAAAGUGAAGAGGAAGUUGAUUCUUCUCAUAAGAAAGGGUGGAGCUACUAUGAGAAGAGAGAGAUUCGAAAACGCCGGAGAAUUGCGAAGGAACUUGAGUUUCUACUUUUGGAAAAAGAUUUGGAAGUCAAAAAAAUAAGAGAAGAACUGAAAGAAUGUCGCAGGAGAAUGGAAACUUUAGAGACAGAGAGAGAUAAAGUGGAAAAAGAUAUUGAAGAACAACAAACUGCUAACAAUAUGGCUGCUUUGUUUCGCCUUCGAACACAACACCGACGGCUGUGUGAAGAACUUCGAGAGGAGGAGGAUAUUUAUUCCAAAAUUAAUUUGAUAUUGCAAGAGAAUGAGCGUGAAGUCUUCCAAGUUGAACUUGAGCAAGCAAAAUUAUUGAAACUCCAUGAAGAACAUAAGAAAGACGAGGAGGAAUAUGAAAUAUAUGAGGCAAAGCAAAGGCUGCAAACCAAAGAGGCAGCUAUUUUACAAGCAGAGCAAAGGAUAAAAAAAACAGCAAUCAAAAAGAAACCUGUGAACGAUCUUAAAGAUCGAGAACUGGAGCAUAAGAAGGCAGUCGAGAAUGCUAAAAAGUAUAACCAGAAGGCAAUGCAGUUUCUGAAAGAAUCUAUGGCUAGAGUUCGUCAAGAACAAACUGAAAAAGAACUGAAGACAAGGGAAGACCUGGAUAAAAGGAUGCAAAGUGUAUUGUCACUGAAGAAGAACAUUGCGUUUGAACAAGAAAAUCAACGAGCAAUACAGCUGAAGAUGAAAGCUCGGGCUGCCAUUGAAAGACAAAAGGAGAAAGAGAAAGAGAAAGGAUUCAAGGUCUUAGAAAGUGGAUUUGCCCAACAAUUUCUGAUCCAUCAAAAGCACCAGCAAGAAAUGGACAAAAGAAAACAGGAAUUUGCGGAGCAGCAGAAAUUUUUGAAGGCAGAAAUUAUGGCUAAGAUCCUUCGAGAGGAAAGCAACAUGGAAAGGAAGAAACAAGUCAGUUCAAUAUUAUUCGCAGAAAAAUCAAAGAAGCAACAUUUUGUUUCAGUGGUAUGGAAACCAAAAAAGAAAUUGCAGCAAUUCCUGGAGAAAACCUAUGAAAAGAACUAUCUUGCCGUCAAUGAACCAAAAGGAUACAGAUCUGCAUCGCCAGAUUCAGAUGAAGAAGAAACUGCCACAGAUCAAAAUCUAGAUUAUCAGAUGCAAGACAACUACGAGGAGGAUGAAAGUCUUAAUCAGCCUGAAUUUUCUGGACUUUGGGUUUAUGAUCAGAAACAAUGCAAGGAUGAACCCAUCAACAAACAUCUCAUCACAGGGGCCUCUAAAAUGGAGCAAGACAUUUUUGAACGACAACUGGAGAGACAGAGAAAUGGGAUCAUGAAGAAACAAGUGGCAGCUGGCCGCGAAUUCAAAGGUUGUCCAUUCUAUAGCAAGCCCGGUGUCGUUCACUUUGAGAACUUUGAUGUUGGAAAAACAUACAAGAAAAGAGUGACGCUAAUAAAUGCUUCAUAUGGCAUCACCUACUGUAAACUGAUUGACAUCAGUGAACACUUGAAAGACUUCAUUGAAAUAGAAUUCAAGCCUCCUGGCCCAGUUUCAGCUGGCAUGUCCUGUGAGAUGACAGUAAUUUUCAAACCCAUGCAAAAUACAGAUCUUGAAGGAGAAAUAAUGUUCCGGACUCAAACAGGAUCCUUUACCGUUCCGCUUAAAUGCACGACAAAAAAAUGUGACCUUUCUGUGGAUAGAACAUUUGUUGAUUUUGGGCCUCAAGUUGUGGGUGAAACGAGUAUACAAACUAUAACUCUGACCAAUCGUGGUGCGCAGGGCAGUCUAUUUGAGUUUCUGCAAAUGGAUUUCACUUCAUCGGCAUCAACAGAGCCCAAAGGUGAAUUGACCAGUCCAGCACCGCUUAAAACAUACCAGGAUUUGUUUGAGAUUGAUGUUCCAGUUUCCAAUGAGAUCAAAAUUGGCCAGGUCUCCAAGGACAUGAUUGAACCAUUUUCUUCAAUCAAAUUACCAAUAAUCUUUCUGCCUACAGUCCCUGGCACUGCACAGGCAGAAUUUGAGCUAGUAUUUGCUUAUGGAGCCUACAGAAAUAUCGCAAUUAAAGUUCAAGCAGAGGCCAUUGACGUACCAGUCUGGAUUUCGAAUCCUAAUAUAGACUUGAAAAUCUGCAUGUACGACCGGCUUUAUCAAGAUGGCAUUCGUGUUCACAACAGGGAUUCCAUAGCACACCAGGUGAAGUUUGUAGUGCGCGAAGAGUUGAAAAACCAUUUGGAAUUUUUACCUAAAAGUGGUUAUAUCCAAGCGCACUCCAGUUUAAGUUUUCAACUCAAAUUUGUGCCAAGACAAUCUUUACCUGAAGAUGCUCGGAUUUACUUUUAUCAGGAAAGCCUGGUCCUGGAGGCUCCAAUGGACAUUUGGGUGGCAAAACAGGUUAGAUUAAUUCCAUUCACAGUUCAUGCUGUUGUCACCAGCUCAGACAUUCAGAUUCACCAGAAAACAAUUGACUUUGGUCCUUGUUCAGUUUAUGAGACUGUUUUGACAACUGUCCAGCUCACUAACAAAUCCAUCCUGAGCCAAGAGUUUGGAUUUGUUGAUGUUCCUGAGUAUGUGGACGUACAACCCAACCAUGGCUUUGGUGUACUCCUCCCUCUCGAGACUCUGAAUUUGGACAUCAUGUUCAAAGCGACGCAAGCCAGAGAGUACAACUUUGAGCUGAUUUGCAAAUCUGAAAUCAACAGGAACUUCAAGAUUUCCUGUAAAGCUAUAGGUGUUCGCCCUCCGCUGCACUUAUCCCAUUCAGUGGUUCACUUUGCUGCCACGGCUUUGAACGACAUGGCCACAGUGACUCUCUACGUGGUGAAUUCACACACCAGCCGGAACGAGUUUACUCAUCCUGUACCCAGGAUCGGAACUGGAGAAAUCGCUCUCGUGGGACCAACAAUGUUUGAAUUCAUCGUUCCCGAAUCAUCCUCUCUGACUAUCGUGCCCGCCGUUGGGACAGUGAAGCCGGGACAGAAAUGCAAAGUGGUCUUAACGUUUAAGCCGACGCUCUCAGACCUGGAGGUCCAAGAGGAAGCUGUACGAGUGUUGUGUCAGGCGGAGGAAACCAGGAAGUAUUUGGAGAAACUGGAAACGGAGAGUAUUAUAAAAUCAGAGCUGGACAUAUUAAAGAAAAAGAAAACACCAUCAAAAAGGGAUUUAAAAGAUCGCAGUCCAAAUACCUCUAGACAAUCAAUUAAAGAGGUCAUCAGUCCAUUCAAACCUCCAGAGCCAUCAGACAUCGCUGUUGAUUCUGGUGAAUACAAUGCUGCUCUCGGUUCAUUGCUGAGGAGUUUCAAUGGAGACUUCCAUAGUUUUGCCAUUCCCUGUUUUAUUAUGGAUGGAGUUGCAACAAGCCAUGAAAAGGAAGGUCCCCCUCCUUAUAGCAUUCACAACACCCUGUAUCUGGAGGUCAAUUGCCCCACAGUUAACCCACCACUUGUAUUUGUUUUGUGUAACAAACAGAAUAUUGUGCACUUUGGAGAGAUUGCAGUAGGACAAAGAGUGCUCAAAAAAGUAAUGAUUCAGAAUAUUUCUCAAGAUGAUCUGGAUAUGAAAUCAACUGUCCUGGAUCCUGGAGGCUCCUUCCAGCUGUUAAGUUGUCUUCAGGCUCUUCAGCCGGGGGAAUUUCACAAUCUUGUGUUUUCCUUCACGCCAACGGAGAGCAAAAUGUUCUAUGAAUCCAUGGAAAUCAGCACUGCUAAGGCAAACCUUUCCCUGAUCCUGAAGGGUUAUGGUGUAGACCCAGUAGUGACAUGCUCUCUGGAAAAAGUAUUGGAUAUGGGAUAUGUUCUUGCAAAUCAAAGAAGAACAGUAACAUUCCAGUUGCAAAAUGCCACAAGGCUUAACGUUAUGUUUGAUGUAAAGCUGGAAAGUCUGUCUUACACAAAGCACAAAGACCAGCAAACGUUACCACCAUUCUUGACAUCAAAUGAAAUACCUGAUGAUUUAGUAGGUACUCAGAACUAUGGUGGUCAGAGUGUCUUCAGUGUUUCCCCGAUCAAAGGCUGCAUUGAAGCAAUGCAGACUCAAGAAUUUGAAGUGACAUUCAGCCCAGACCACGAAGGUUUUUGUUACUCAGAUGUCAUGCAUGUGGAGCUGUUUGACAAGGUCAGCCACUCGAUCCAGCUGAAGGGAGCUGCAAGGGAACAUCUGAUGUUCGUUGAAGGUGGAGACCCAAUAGAUGUUUCAGUGGAAUCUCUAAGUAUCUUACCAAGUUAUGAGCAAGUGGAUGUAACAGAAGUCCAUCGGCCGUUGAAAUCGCUCCUGCUCACUCUGAAAAGCACCAAGUCUGACAAUAAAUACAGCACUGCGUUGAGAGAAUUUCAGGUAGGAUGCAUCCGAUCAACCCAACUUGCUGGAAAAAAGAGUGUUGAGUUUGUCAUUGACUACCCACAAUCAGUUCAGGCGAAGGGCUUCACCAUUGAGCCGGCCAGAGGUAUUGUGGAAGCUGGCAACACAAAGACCGUCAGUGUCACCUGGACUCCCCCUGCUGGGCAUGAUGUAAGUUGUCACACUGUGACUUCCAAUGUCCUGCAUAAAAUUCAGACCUGCAUAAACUCAACAGUUCAGAUAGCAAUUCAACAAUUUGACAACAUUACUGACUGA